CUACAUGCCUUUGGAGGAAGGCGCAUUUCAUUCCGUUUGCUUAGCCAAAACCAUCAGUGUCGCUACUUAUAAGCGGCUUGUCGCUACGACUGAUCAUAACGGAUGUGCGACUGUUGCGAGGAAAGAUCAUUGCAGUCGCAGGUAGGCAGGCUGUGACCGAAUCCCGGGAGCAGCAGAAGUAGUACGCUUUCAAGGCAAAGGUGACCUCUGACACCAUGGUGAAUCACGUGCAGCGCGUGGAUGGAUACUGGCAGGCCGCCAAGAGCGACUCGAGCGGCGGGAGCAACAGCGGGGGCGAGAGCUCGAAGGAGAGCUCGCGGUGCUCCACGCCCGUGCUCGACGCCGACCGCAAGGACAGGCUGCGCGACAAAAUGAGGCGCAGGACGGAGUCCGGGGACCGCUGGUUCUCCCUGGAGUUCUUCCCUCCUCGAACCGCCAGCGGCGCCGUCAACCUCAUCUCCAGGUUUGAUCGCAUGGGAUUGGGUGGACCGCUUUUCAUCGACAUCACCUGGCACCCGGCGGGGGAUCCCGGAUCCGACAAGGAGACGUCGUCCAUGAUGAUCGCCAGCACGGCCGUCAACUACUGCGGCCUGGAGAGCGUCCUGCACCUGACCUGCUGCAACCAGACCAAGGCGAAGAUCACCGAACACCUGAACAAAGCCAAGCAUCUGGGCCUGAAGAACAUCAUGGCUCUCAGAGGAGAUCCCAUGGAAGACCGAUGGGAGCAAGAGGAAGGAGGUUUCAACUAUGCCACGGAGUUGGUCAAACACAUGCGCUGCGAGUUUGACGACUACUUUGACAUCUGCGUUGCCGGGUACCCCACGGGCCACCCGGAGGCUGAGAGCUACGCAGACGACCUGAGGCACCUGAAAGAGAAGGUGGACGCCGGGGCCGACUUCAUCGUCACCCAGCUCUUCUUUCGGGCGGAGACCUUCUUCACGUUCCUCAAGGACUGCAGGGCCAUUGGCAUCACCUGCCCCAUCCUGCCUGGAAUCUUCCCCAUCCAGGGUUACCAGUCCCUGCGACAGUUAGUGAAGCUGUCCAAGCUGGAAGUGCCAGAGGAGAUCAAGCAGGUUAUCGAGCCCAUCAAGGACAAUGACGCCGCCAUCCGGAACUAUGGCAUCCACCAGGCAGUGGGCAUGUGCAAAGUGCUCCUGGACAGCGGGGAGGUCCCAGGCCUACACUUGUACACGCUCAACAGAGAGGUGGCCACUAUCGAGGUUCUGAAGCAGCUGGGCCUUUGGAUUGAGGACCCCAGGCGACCGCUCCCCUGGGCCAUCAGCGCCAAUCCAAAACGCUUAGUGGAGGACGUCCGGCCAAUCUUCUGGGCCUCAAGACCCAAAAGCUAUAUCUACAGAACUCAAGACUGGGAUGAGUUCCCCAAUGGGAGAUGGGGAAACUCGUCCUCUCCUGCCUUCGGCGAGCUGAACGAUUACUACCUGUUCUACCUGAAGAGCAAGUCGUCCAAAGACGACCUGCUUAAGAUGUGGGGAGAGGAGCUCAUGAGUGAGGAAAGCGUCUUCGAGGUGUUCACCAGCUACAUCAUGGCCCAGCCCAACCGUGGUGGACACAAGGUGAUUUGCUUGCCGUGGAACGACGACCCGUUGGCCCCGGAGACCAACUUGCUGAAGGACGAGCUGGAGAAGGUGAACCGGCGCGGCAUCCUGACCAUCAACUCCCAGCCCAACAUCAACGGCAAGCCCUCCUCGGACCCCAUCGUGGGCUGGGGCCCCCCGGGGGGUUACGUCUUCCAGAAGGCUUAUCUGGAGUUUUUCACGUCGAGUGAAAACGUCACUGCACUCCUGAAAGUACUGAGGAGAUACGAGCCCCGUGUGAACUACCACAUCGUCAACGUCAAGGGCGAGAACAUCACCAAUGCCCACGACAUGCAGCCCAACGCUGUGACCUGGGGCAUAUUCCCUGGCCGGGAGAUUGUACAGCCCACGGUGGUGGAUCCAGUCAGCUUCUUGUACUGGAAGGACGAAGCCUUCGCCCUGUGGAUCGAGCAGUGGGCCAAGCUGUAUGAGGAAGAGUCCCCGUCCCGGAUGAUCAUCCAGUACAUCCACGACAACUACUACCUCGUCAACCUGGUGGACAAUGACUUUCCCCUGGACAGCUGUCUAUGGCAGGUCAUAGACGACAUGUUUGAGCUGCUGGACUCGCCCUCGGAAAAUCUGGAAUAAAACCCCACCCGUCCUAGCCCCCAUUUCACACGCCACCACGCCUUUGGCACGCACCCACCUGCCCGCCCGCCCGCCCCCCCGCCUGCCAGUGCUGCUAUGAGGACCUUGGAUCUUCCAUUUCAAACACUAAUAAAGAAUGAAGCGGUGCUACGCAAGUUAUACUUACAAAUCCCUCAGCUUUUACGUAGCGUGUUCUUCGGUACUUCUUUAGUAAAUUUUUUACAGCAACUUUUGGUAUGUGGAAUGAUCAAAUGACAUAAACUGUAAACAUGGCGGAUGUGUGUCACUCACGAGACUGAUUUAUAUACAUAGACUGUGCCCCCUUUGGAUGCGUGCACUGAAUGUUUAACAGUAUUUAUAUAUCAGUGAAAUUUCAGUGAAAGUGCUGUUGAGUGUUUGACGGACACGUUCUGUUGAUUGUGGUGUUUUUAUACUUGUGAAAUGUCAUUUUAUACUGAUUGUGUUGAAUGUUUUGUAAUUACAUUAAAUUUAUGGCUCUACACACCUA